UGGAAAACUAGCUUACUACUUACUGAAUAAUGCCCAGUUUAUACUGCAUACUGCCUGCUGCUGUUUUUUUAAAUAGUAAGUAAAAGCAGUACACAAUCUGCAGCGAUAAACAUUGCAAAGAGUUGAAGGCUACUUUAUUGUCACAUGACCCCUUGUUUAAUUAACGAGUGGCUACCAGUUAUCAUCUUGGAAAUAAAUAUUGAUACUUUGCAUUUUUAAUUCAGGCAUUUAAUGUCGUAAAGCUAAAGUGUGUGAUUUCUGCGCCACCUAACACAAUUGCAAAAAUAAACAUCUCUCCGUAUACACCUUCCGUCUGUCAUGGGUUAGACAAACAGAUAGCCCCGCCCCCAACUCACGCCAUUAUAGUGCCACAGAGACACAGUGUUUGCAGUUUGAGAAAAUUAACCUACAAAUGUCUUGCUUAUAGUUGUCUCUGAGGAGAAAGAAUUUAAACACAUUUUAAUAACUUUUGGGAGUUUGAUCAAAUAAUGAAUCAAAAUAGAGAUGAUAAAAAUCGUUUGGUAAUAUGUCCAGUGCAUUCGUCACACUGGAAAUGGAAGGUCAAGAGGUGUCUUGGUUUUAUUUUACUCCAAAAUCAAAAGAAAAAUAAGAAAUUAUAUUUUGCGCAUAAAAAUCCUUACGAUUUUGUGACAUUAUUUUCAUGAUGUGCAUUUUACUCCCCAAUUCUCAUUACCUCAACAUGAAUUUUUUUUUAUUUAAAUUGUGAAAUAAAAAAUAUUGUACAACAGCCGGACAUUGUAGGGCUGGGAAUCAUCGCAAUGAUUAUGCUGCCAAUAAAAAAAAUAAAAAAAGAAGCGAUAUCGCAAUGAUUUUAAUGUGGCUUUUAUUUUGCCACUUGAUUUUCUAAAGAGUGCGUCAUUAGAUUAAUUUCAUGCACAAUUAAUCAAAAUAACCUCAAAAUCAUGAUAUAGUCGUAUGUGAUUAUUAAACCACAAAAGGAUGUGAUUAAUUGAAAUUAUAGCCUACAUGGUUUACGUGGUUACGUGGUUUUCAUUUCACAUCCGGCUAUAAAUACAGAUACAGGUAAUUUUGCGGUUGCAACAGAUAUGGCUUUGCUGCACACCCCUAAGAAUCAUCAUUGUACGCAAUGGGAUGGGUUAUGGUAAUGAGAAUUGGGAGGUGAAAUGUUGCUGAGUGUUCUGAAUAUGUCACAAUGUAAAUAAAAUCUUAAUGGUCCUAAAUGACUUCAUUUUCUUUAUGCAAAAUAUAAUCUCUUUUUUUUUGUAUUGAUAUAGGGUGACAUACGACCUGGACAUUUUCUUAACAGGUUUUAUGUGAAUCACCCCAAUACUUGCACGUAUACUUGCUAUAUAUGGCAGAAAUAGUAAGAGUAGUGUGCUAGUAUGUUAUUCCGAACACAGCCAUGAAGUACGUCUGCGGCGCUGUCUCAGGUAUGACGACGGGAACAACACCAGAAGUGCCACAGCUCUGCGUUCAUCGACGGAUCACAUGAUUUUAUACCUGCUGUCUCAACUCCAGAGUACUCUGAUAGAAUUCUUUUAGUGAGAUGAAUUAAAGGCCUGUGACCGCUACAGCGCGCCCGCGUCGCCCCGCCGUCACCAUGACAACCCCGGGGCUGCGCAUAGGAGAUCAGCUGGUCCUGGAGGAAGACUAUGAUGAAAACUACAUCCCCUCUGAGCAAGAAAUUCAUGAGUACGCCGUAGAGAUCGGCAUCGACCCCGAGCGUGAGCCGGAGCUGCUGUGGUUGGCCAGAGAGGGCAUGGUUGUGCCACUGCCACCCGAGUGGAAACCAUGUCAGGACGUCAGCGGUGAAGUGUACUACUUCAACUUCUCAACGGGUAACUCCACCUGGGAUCACCCCUGUGACGAACACUACCGCCAACUUGUGAUCCUGGAGCGCGAGCGCGCACAACACACCCGAACCGCUCCGCUCGCAACCACCGCUCCCGCCACCGCCCCGGGGAAAAAAGUCAAAGAGAAGAAGAAGAAAGAUAAGAAAGACAAGAAGCAGAAGAAGAGGAAAGAUCAGGAGAGCGUCAGCGCUUCAGCGGUGUUGGGUCCACUGGCUCCGCUCCAGGGUCUGUCUGAGGUCUCUGCAGCUCCUCUCAGAUCUUCUCUGGGUUCGUUUGGACUUCAGCCACUCAAAACAUCUCUCAGGGGUGGUGUGUCGACCGUCAGUGCUGUCAGGAGCGUUCAUGAGGAGAGGAGCGCUGAGGAAGAGGAGGAGAACUCAGAAGAAGAGAGGCCGCAGGAUUCAGCUGGUCUCCUACAGAACCUGCAUCUGGAUUUGGACGCUCUGGGAGGAGGACUGCAGUAUGAGGACAGUGAGAUCAGUGGGACGGCUCCUCCUGAUGAAAGAACAGAACCUGAACUACAAGAUCUGGCUUUAUCAAGAGACCACAGUCCAGAUCCACCUUCAGAGGACUCCUUGCGUGGACGUCACCUCCCCUCCACAGCAGCAGGGGGCAGCAGGGAGUGCAGCAGUGCUGUUUCCUGCCCUCCCACCCCAGACGCUGCAGCGUCCAGUGGCCAAGAGGAAGACGAGGAAUCAAGCAAGGCUGGAUUCCGCUCAAAACUCUCCGAGAACGUGUUUGACCUGUUGGAUCUGUCACCUGCUAAAGAUGUUGAUGGAGAGAUAGAAACAGACAGCUGGAAGAUCUCAGAGUCUGCAGACAGACGUCUGCUUGAAGACGUGACAUCAGCUCAGAUCCUACCUGCAGAGAACAUCAGCAGAACAUCGUACAACCAGAGACCUGCGACCGCUCGCGGCAGAACCGACACCACAAGCAACAUCACCGCUGAACAUGACGAGACGAAGAGGAGACAUGAGAGAGAACUGAGUGAUGUCAGAGAGAAACAAGAACACGAGCGAAGAGAGAAUGAGAAGAGAGAGUUGAAGAAACAAGAGCAAGCUGAUGAGAGAGAGAACAUUCAGGAGGAAGAGGAACUCAGAAAGAGUGAUGAAGAGGAGGAUGAAGGGCAGAAGAGAGAGGAGGAGAGGAGCAGACUGAUGGAGGAGAUGAACAGGAGACUGGAGCUACUGAGAGCUGCUCUGAAGAAGGAGGAGGAAGAGGAGGCGCAGAGAAUGAAGGAGGAGAGCGCUGAGCAGAUCACGAUUCUAAGGGAGCAGAUACUCAGAAAGAGACAAGACGAGGAGGAACGAUUGUACAACGACACACACACACGACUACAACAACUCAGGGAUGAGAGUGAGGUGAAACUCCAAGAGCUGCGCUUAGAGCUGGAGGCGGAGCGUGAGAGGGUGGAGACUCAGAGGAGGCGGAGUCUAGAGUGUUUAAGGGCGGAGUCAGAGGAGGAGCUCCAAGCAGAGAGGAAGCGCCUACAAGAGGAGCAACUGAACUCUAUCAGACUACAGGCUAAAUUGAGUGACAGACAGAAGGAAUUGAGAAGUCCAAGACCAGAACAACCAUUAGCAGAGUACCAGAGAGAGCUCACAGAUGUGCUGCAGGAAGUUCGGGAGGAAGUUGAGAGAGAUCACAGAAGAAAACUACAACAACUGAAAGAGGAACAUCAACAUGAACUACAGAACCUGAGAGAGACACACCUGGAGCAGGUGAGCAGAGAGAGAGAACGUCUGUUGAAUUCUCUUCAGGAGGAGAGAGACACUCUGAUCUCUAAACACACAACACAACUACACAAACUACAGAACAUGCUGGACACACAACUACAGGAGACCCGCAAGACACACUUACAGAAGGAGACAGCAUUACAGGAGUUGAUGGAGAAACUGGAGAUACAAACCAAAGAUCUUCAAAUUCAAGAGGCUGAACUGCAGGCAAAGGCAUCAGAUUUGAGAAAGAGGAGACAGCAGCUGUGUGAGGAAGAGGAUGAUGUUCAGAGAGGACUAGAGCGUCUCCCGCGUGUGCAGCAGGAGAAUCAUGAUCUGCGUGAGGAGCUGGAGCGAGUGACAUCAGACCUUCAGAGAGAGAGAGAGGAGCGAGAGCGAGAGACAGCAGAGCAGAGCAGGAUGAUGCAGGAGAGAGAGCACUUAGAGAAGAGAGUGUCAGUACUGCAGGACAGAUGUGAGCAGCUCACCUUCAGAGUCAGUGAACUGGAGCAGAGGAGCAGUGCGGCGUCCAGGACAGAGAGAGGACACCUGCAGGACAGAACAGAAGACGAGCAGAAGAAGAAAAAGAAGAAAAGAGAGAACAUUCUGUGUCUGGAGGAUCUGGAACCAUCUGACUGUUCACCAGGAGACAGUGAUGCCAGCGUACAUGAUGUGAGGCAGUACAUGUGGAAUGAGAGCGUGUCUCUCUUGAGAGCUCGACAGUUUCUGGAGAGACAGAGCGCUCAUAUGUCAGACAGACAGGCAGUGCUGCGGGCCGCUCACAGCAGCCUGAAGGACCCCAUGCCCGAGAGCUCCGCCCACCAGCUCUACAGCAAUCUACAACAGGAGGUGAGGGAUCUCUCUGAGCUGAGAGAGACGCUUCACAAGGGGCAAACUCUUCUGAAAGAAAAAGAAGAGAAACUCAACCAGCUGGAGACGUCACUAACUGAAGAGGUGUCAUGUGAGGAUGGCGAGAGAUUAGCUGAGCGAAAAGUGACGUUUGACGUGACGGAGUCAGAGAUAAGCAGUGUGUACGGACCAGACGGAACAGUUCCAGUGAAGGUGCAGCAGUUGGCAGACUCUCUGCGGCUGGUCUCGGGUCAGUUAAACUCUGUUUUAGGUGCUUUGGGUUCACUGACCCACAAACAGACUCCGCCCACUUUGACCCCUCCUCUGCUACCCCGUCCCUCGUGGGCGUGGUCUGUAAAUUCCACCCCUUCCCUGUUCAGUGGCCUCACACACAGACCGACAGAUGUGCUGCAGAACCGCUGGAGUGGCCUGAACACAGAAACCAGCAGAACCCAUGUGAGCUACUCAGGAUACACACCGUCAAGUCUGUCGUCUCUGCGUCCGUCAGUAGAGGUCGAGGGUCAGCGGCUGCAGGGUCUCAUUGAAGGAAAUAAACGUUGGCUGGAAGCUCAACGAAAAAACCACAACAUUCCUUUGUUUCCAAACCUCAGAACAUCGUCCUCCAGCGGUGGGUUAGUUCAGCUCAGCCUUGACGACUACAACCAGAUUAAAGUUCAUCAUUACUGAAACCGCUCGAUCUCCACUGAAUAAACACACUGAAAGGAGUCAGAACAGCCGAAGCUCGCCUCUUGUUUUGAUGUGUUUUUAGGGUAAAAAGAUGGCAAUUGUUCCUUUUUAAAUAUCAAUUUGUCCUUCUCAAAGCUUUUCAUCAGCAGGUGUUUUAUAAACUGUAGGAAUUAAAUUCUACUGCUGUUUUGUACAGCUUCAUGAUCAGAUUUUUGUCUAAAUGUUCAUUUGUUGUAGCUGUGUGCAAUGUGCAUAUCUCAUAUCUUGCACAAUAUUUUGGUAAACACUUAAUAAAUGACUUUAUGAAUA